AAUGUCGUAAGUGGCCUUCCACUGUUGAAUUAUCCAGAUGUAUGUACUGCCCAGCCCCAGCAUGGGAAAGCAUUUUGUCUGGCACAUUGUCAGUUCAUUGAAAGCAGUCAUCCAGAAGUCCCCACAGAUCUCCGUGGCUUUCUACAAUACUGUGGUGUCCUAAGAACUCCACAGUUGUCUGCAGGUAUAUCACCCAUAGUAUUAUUUCAAGUCCUAUAUUUCAUUUGGGAUGAAGGAAAUGCUAACAGUUGGUUUUCUUGUAGGCAGGGAAAUUCCAGUGAUUUGUUAAACUGAUUUCCACAUUAUCCAUUUAUUUCUUAUUUUAUGACCCUUUGCCAAUUAUUCUUAAUUAGCAAUUUAACUGACCAGGAAGCAGUGGUUCUGAAGUUGAUAAUUGUGUUACUGUCUGGAACCCUAGCCCAGAUACAGUCUGGCCUCUACUUUACCUUUUUAUUAAUCUUUCCUAGAUGAUGUGGAGUCUGCUACCCGGGACACGAAUGUAAGUGAUGUUGAGAAAUUGAAAUCUGUGGUACAGCAAUUGAGCAAUGAAAGAUCCUCAACUGUGGGAAUCUCUGUCAUUGAAUCUCAAGGUAUGUGUUGAAUGCACAUGUAGAGUACUAUUCUUGACUUACAAUGUUGGUUAGAGAGGUGUGAUUGAGAUACACAUAGCCUGUUGUUCUACCUGCAUUUUUUUUGGUAUUUACCUCUUUAAUGGCACUAGUAUCUCUUUACUGUGUUAGAGUAUAUCUCAUUGUUCUAGUUAACAUAAUUUGUUCUACAAGUAUCUCAGGUAACAUAUAGACAAAGUGUGUCCAAAUUUUUCAAUAGUUGCUAUAGUGUUGAUGAAUUUUAAUCUUUACACAGAUUGAUAGCCCACAGAUUUUAUUGUAUGCUUAUAUACUUAUUCCUUGUAGAAAAGUUAGGUUGAUAAUAAUUAUUAAUUUUUUCCUUAACAUGUCCAGGAAAUGCUAGUGUCCUUACGUUAAACGAUGCAGAAAUUAAUACCAUCCUGGAUGAUUGUGUGGAGACGCAUCCAACUACCUGCAACAAGGAUACAGGGGAAAAGCAGGCAUUGCACAAGUGGUCUAGGGGUCAUUUUUUUAUUGUUCGAGGAAGUGGCAUUAUCGACAAGUGGAAUCCAUUAUUCAGGUAUUGUGAUAGUAGAUUAAUUGUAGCUAUUUCAAGUCUCUCGUAGGCUAUAGGAAAAGUGCAUUUUAACAAAGUACAUAAAUGUAUUUUAAGUGAAAUAUUUGUUCAACUAAAGUUCACUUUAUCCCCUUUUUAUUGUUGACAAAGCUGAUUGCCAAACUUUACAGUCCCAUAGUGCAGAAAUCGCACUUCCUGUUCAAAUCUCAAAGUUUUGUUGACCAAUAACAUUUUCGUCAACCCCGCAUAAUGUACAAUUAUUAGCUAAUCAAUAUUGAUCACCAACCAUUGGUUCAGAUGAUACUGAUUAGUGGCCUAGUUGAAUAAGCACAUACACUCAAACAGCAUGAAUUUUCUAUCCAUGUAGGUCCAUAAUAUUAGUGUCGUGGAAAACUGGUCUCAAACUAACCCAAGUAGAAAUUGAAUCAAUUAGAGCAAGUUCCUCUCUUGUCCUCAUCAACCUUUUCUGUAUUUGAAAUUAUGUCAAUAAUCAGUAGCAAUGACAAAUUAAUGCUUAGUUAAUUUUGUUCCUUUCCUUGCAGAUCUGAAAGUCCUUCUCAGGCUUUCCUGUUUUUGAUUGAAUGGAUGCUGGUCACUUUCAAAGACAUUCCUGAAAGUCAAUGGGGUGACAUAUUCUUAUCAUACGACAACAUGUGCCAUGUUGAUGGGAUGAAUGUUGCACGAAAGGCUCUUCCCUUCCAACCACCUUUUGACAACAUGUGGUUAAAAGUAAACAAGAUCAUUGACUCCUUGCACAUUAGUAACCAUAAGUCGGGGGAUUGUAAAGAGAAGUACAAUCCAGCUAAGUUAAAGGACAAGCUACCUGAUGGAAACACCAUGGCAGGAGAACAGACAUUUACCUGGCUUUCCAGGUUUAAAAAAAUUUUAUGUUCAAUGCCCAAAAUCCAUCAUAUGUUCUUCCUGCAUCGAAUGGUUGUUCGUAGAAAUACUUACACCGUGACCUGUUAUAAAAAUGGGAAAAAACCGGUACUCCCUAAGGCUAGGAAAGGCACAUGA